AAAAACUUUCUUUGGUGAAUGGAAGAAACAUUCCAUUCCGGUGAUCACCCCAACAAAACAUUGGUCUGAAAUCAAUGGCACAGUCAAGCAACCCGCCGUUAGGUAACCCGGUGGCAAUCGUAAGCCCACAAUUCUGCGCGCCUUACCCGGUGGAUCUAACAAUCGUGAGGAAACUCCUCUCGAUAACGGAGGGCGACUUCACCGUCACAGACGUCAAUGGCAACGUCAUGUUCAAGAUCAAAGGCAAGGUUUUCAGCCUCCGUGACCGGCGCGUCUUGCUCGACACCGCUGGAAACCCGAUCCUCACUCUCCAACAGAAGAUAUUGACUGCACAUAAGAGGUGGCAAGUUUACAGGGGAGAUAGCACAGACGCAAAAGAUCUGCUUUUCAGCGCCAAGAAGUCUUCUUUGAUCCAAUUCAAGACACAGCUAGAUGUGUUCUUGGCAGCUAACACAAAAGAAGAUGUUUGUGAUUUCAAGAUUAAAGGCAGCUGGUUUGAAAGAUCAUGCACCAUAUAUCUCGGAAUUACUUCAACCAUCAUUGCCCAGAUGCAUAGGAAACACAGUGUCCAAAGUAUUGUGCUUGGAAAAGAUACAUUUUCGGUGACUGUGUAUCCACACGUGGACUACGCGUUCAUAGUUGCUCUUGUGGUGGUGCUUGAAGAGAUCAAUAAAAACGGAAAACGAAAUCAAACCAAUCCAAACCGAGCCUUAGGUAACAAUCAAUUGGGGUCGGCCACAUGAAUUCUUUUUUCUUUAUUGAGCUCUAUCAAAAGCCACUUGUUCACUCAAACCUCCCACUUAUAUUCUCAUCUGGAUGAAGGGUUCGACUCCCGUCUUGUAUAUAUAUCUAUAAAAAUGCCUUCAGAUGUCUAGAAAGAUUACAUAACUUGAUAUGACAAUCCGGUUUGUUGAAA